UUUCUGGGUAUGCCCCUCCUCUGGGCAUCUCUUCAGGAUUUCAUUCCUGCGUCCAACUGCCGUUCACAACUGCCCUUUCCAACUGCUCCAGAACUCUUGGCCCUGGUGUUCUGUGAUGUAAAUUAUUCCACGCAUGGCUUGAAAUGGGUGAGAAGCAGGGUUGCCAGGUGUCGGAUCACUAGUUUGUCAUGGAUGAUGACGAUGACUCCUGUCUCCUCGAUCUUAUUGGAGACCCACAAGCAUUGAACUAUUUUCUGCACGGACCUAGCAGUAAAUCGGGCAGCGAUGAUGUGACGAACGCAGGGUAUUCUGCAGCCAAUUCUAAUUCAAUUUUCGCCAACUCCACGAAUGCUGACCCUAAAUCGGCCCUCAAAGGUGUAAGUGACCAGCUUGGCGAGGGGCCCAGUGAUGGGCUGCCGCUUGCAAGCAGCCUUCAGUUUCUUGAAGAUGAACUUGAGUCUUCUCCUCUCCCCGAUCUCAGCGAGGACCAACCCUUUGACAUUCUUCAGAAAUCCUUGCAGGAGGCUAAUAUCACUGAACAGACAUUGGCAGAAGAGGCGUACCUGGAUGCCAGUAUAGGCUCAAGCCAACAGUUUGCACAAGCCCAGCUUCAUCCUUCUUCAUCAGCAUCCUUUACUCAGGCUUCUAAUGUUUCUAAUUACUCAGGUCAGACACUGCAGCCUAUUGGGGUGACUCACGUGCCUGUUGGAGCAUCGUUUGCAAGCAAUACAGUGGGUGUGCAGCAUGGCUUUAUGCAACACGUGGGGAUCAGUGUUCCCAGCCAGCACUUGCCUAACAGCAGCCAGAUUAGUGGCUCCGGUCAGAUACAGUUAAUCGGGUCCUUCGGUAAUCAGCCUUCCAUGAUGACUAUUAAUAACCUCGAUGGCUCUCAAAUCAUACUGAAAGGCAGUGGGCAGCAAGCCCCAUCUAAUGUGAGUGGGGGGCUCCUGGUUCACAGACAGACUCCUAACGGCAACUCUCUGUUUGGGAACUCCACUUCCAGUCCUGUAGCACAGCCUGUCACCGUUCCAUUUAACAGCACAAAUUUCCAGGCAUCUUUACCUGUGCAUAAUAUCAUUAUUCAAAGGGGUCUUGCACCAAAUUCAAAUAAAGUCCCAAUUAAUAUCCAGCCAAAGCCGGUCCAGAUGGGUCAGCAGAGCGCGUACAAUGUGAACAACCUUGGGAUCCAGCAGCACCAUGCCCAGCAGGGGAUCUCCUUCGCCCCCACAAGCUCAUCCCAGGGCUCCGUGGUCGGGCCGCACAUGUCUGUGAACAUUGUCAACCAACAGAACACGAGAAAGCCUGUCACCUCGCAGGCAGUGAGCAGCGCAGGGGGCAGCAUCGUCAUCCAUUCCCCCAUGGGCCAGCCUCACACUCCCCAAAGUCAGUUCCUUAUACCCACAAGCCUUUCUGUCAGCUCCAACUCGGUGCACCAUGUCCAGGCUAUAAACGGGCAGCUGCUUCAGACUCAGCCCUCCCAGCUCAUCUCUGGCCAAGUGGCCUCCGAGCAUGUCAUGCUGAACAGGAAUUCCUCUAACAUGCUCAGGACCAACCAACCAUAUUCCGGACAGAUGCUUAAUAAUCAGAAUACCGCCGUCCAGCUGGUGUCUGGGCAGACUUUUGCCACCUCUGGAAGUCCAGUGAUAGUCAACCACGCCUCUCCUCAGAUCGUCGGGGGACAGAUGCCCUUGCAGCAGGCCUCACCCACCGUGUUACACCUGUCACCUGGGCAGAGCAGUGUUUCCCAGGGAAGGCCAGGCUUCGCCACCAUGCCCGCGGUGAGCGGCAUGGCAGGACCUGCUCGGUUCCCUGCCGUCAGCUCAGCUAGCACUGCUCACCCUACUCUUGGGCCUACGGUGCAGUCGGGGGCACCGGGAUCAAACUUUACGGGAGACCAGCUGACACAAGCCAACAGAACGCCAGCGCCUGUCAGUGUGUCCCACCGUCUUCCAGUCUCUGCUUCCAAAUCUCCCAGCACCUUGAGCAGCACCCCGGGGACACAACAGCAGUUCUUCUGUCAGGCUCAGAAGAAGUGUUUGAACCAGACCUCCCCCAUUCCCACAUCCAAGACUACAGACGGCCUGAGGCCAUCACAGAUCCCGGGACUCUUGAGCACCACACUGCCAGGACAGGAUUCUGGAAGCAAGAUUAUGCCAGCGACCUUGGGGGCCACACAGGCACAACAAGAGAACUCAGUUGGAUCACCCCCGAGCCAGACAGCUGUGCAGGUGGAUAGUCAUCCAGGACAGAAAAGGCCUGCUGCCAAACAGCUGACUAAAGGAGCUUUCAUCCUCCAGCAGUUACAGAGGGACCAAGCCCAUGCUGUGACACCCGACAAAAGCCAGUUCCGGUCACUAAAUGACACGGUGCAGAGACUGCUCUCCUACCACGUGUGCCAGGGCUCCAUGCCCACGGAGGAAGACCUGAGGCAAGUGGACAAUGAAUUUGAAGAAGUCGCCACUCAGCUCCUCAAAAGAACCCAAGCUAUGCUGAACAAAUACAGAUUCCUGCUCCUAGAAGAUGCCAUGAGGAUCAACCCCUCUGCAGAGAUGGUGAUGAUUGACAGGAUGUUCAACCAGGAGGAAAGAGCUUCCCUGUCGAGGGACAAGCGUCUGGCACUCGUAGAUCCUGAGGGUUUUCAGGCCGAUUUCUGUUGUUCCUUCAAACUUGACGAAGCUGCACCUGAGACCCCGCUUGACAGGAGUGACCAGCAUCGCAGCAAAACCAGCUCGCUCCAUCAGGUGCCCAGGGCCCAAAGCAGAGACCGAGCCAAGCCAGGCAUGGCAGAAGCAACGAAUCAUGACCAGUUUCAUCUAGUGCCUAACCACAUCGUGGUCUCUGCAGAGGGAAACAUUUCUAAAAAGUCAGAAGGCCACAGCAGAACACUGAAAUUUGACAGAGGGGUCUUAGGCCAAUACCGGGGUCCGCCUGAGGACAAGGGCGGCCGGAGGGACCCUGCCAAGGUCAGCAGGUGCUCUCCGGGCCCCGAGGGCCACCGCAAGAGCUUGCCCAGGCCAGAUCAUGGCUCUGAGAGCAAGCUCCCCGGCGUCCUGGCCAGCUCGCACAUGGAGAUGCCCUGCCUCGACUCCUUCCAGGACAAAGCGCUGAGGAAUUCCCCAAAGAAUGAGGUUUUACACACAGACAUCAUGAAAGGGUCGGGUGAGCCCCAGCCAGAUCUCCAGCUCGCCAAGAGCUUAGAGAAAACCUUUAAGAACAUCCUGGAACUCAAGAACGCGGGGCGGCCGCAAAGCGACCCUACGGCCAGCGGCGCGGCGGACCUGGACUUCCCCAGCUUUUCUCCAAUGGCUUCGCAGGAAAACUGCCUAGAAAAAUUCAUCCCGGACCACAGUGAAGGCGUUGUAGAAACGGACUCCAUUUUAGAAGCAGCUGUAAAUAGUAUUCUAGAGUGUUAAUAGCAGCCGUCCUCCUCCAGACCCUGCCCCGGACCAGUUACACUCUCUCCCAGCAAAGCAAAUGGAAACGGCUCCCGUCUGUCUCCAGCCUGCUUGGUCCUCCAUCACAGGUUAUCCUUUCUAAUCUCACCCUGUUCUUUUGAAGAGCAAUACAUGUCGUCAUGGCUGCGGGGAGACCCCUCAGUACACCCACCUCUCUCUAGAAAGCAGUCCGAUAGGCCCUCCACAUUUCAAGUGUUAUGAAAGUGCUUACGGCCAUUGUUGUUCGUUAAUUUGUUUUGUGGUUUGUUUCUUAGCACUGUCGCUCGAGACCACAGUACACUUGGCCCUGGGUAAAAUUUUGACAAUCAUAAGUCAUUUCAAAAGAACAGACUUAUUAAAGAAAAAUCAAACAGGACUGAUAGAAGCCACUUUUUAAAAGACUUUCUCACUGCAGCUCCAAAGUAGAGGUUUGGUUUGGUUCUGUUCCGGGGGAGAGGGUAUUUGCGUAGGGAAGAUUCUCCCUGACCAGCCCUCUGAGCGGUGGGUAGCCGGUGCUCUACCUGGAAGCCCACCGCCCUGGCUAAGACGCCAGGAGCACAGCCACAGAGCAUCCUCCUGACACCCAGUGCUGUGCGUUGCUGCAGAAGCAAAGCCUUGUGUUUGUCUUCAGCACAUUCGCGCUGAAUUCUAUCUGAGGAUGUUCUGGUCUUAGCCCCAGGUGUACGCCUUGAGACUCUCACAGGCUCACUAGGGAACAGUGGAAGUCAGUUGUAAAGCAGCGAGUUGGGGAGGCACCGGGGUCUCCAUGUAUUCCAUCGACUUCAAAGAGUUUUGCAUUUUAUAAUUGGGUGAAGUCAACAUAACCUAUGUUCUUUAUUGUCACUGAAUUCUGCUCCAUUGUGUCCCCUCUCCCUCAGCCCUUAGCCAAGCAUCAAAAGGCUUUCACGUGAAAACUGUGUUGUACUCUUUCAGUUGAGGCUUUUGAACGGGACUCUGGCCUUGUUCCAGAGAAUAGUAGGCAACAGUGUAUCAGUCAUUCCCAAACACAGUAAACCAAAGGUCACAACCAGCAGGCCACUGAAGGAAGGAACCCAGGCAGGAGACAGGGGGCCAUGUCCUGGCCCUGGCCCCGCCCCUGCUGUGUGUGGUCCAGUACACCAUAGCAAGCGAGCCUUCCUCUUUAUUAUUUAUGUUCCUUUCCAGGAGUGGCCCUCAUCCUUCCCUCUGUGCCGGCCUGCACCAGGGCGUCUUCUGUUGCUACUUGCUUUCUUCCUGUGUAGUCAUGGCCCACAGUGCUGUGUCUGCAACCCUCCUCCCACCGUCUCCAUCAACCUCUGGGAUCCAGAGGUAGCUUUGAUGCCUGUGAGGGCUUCCUCCCUCUGUUCAUCCCCAGGCUGUGUAAAUGCAUCCGUUGAUCUCCUCCACUUCAUUAUACCCCCAAAAUGGAGUUGUCCCUAUGGUCAUCAUGUAGAGUGUUUCUUUUCCAGAUUGGCCUGCAAUGGAAAGGAAGGCUUUUGAUUUUGAUUUUUAUCUUUUUUUUUUCACAUAACACAGCAACAAUCUAGGCAUGGUGGCAUACACCUGUAAUCCCAACAGUCAGGUGACAAAGCAGGAGAGUCACUAUUUCAAGGCCAGCUUAGGCUAUAACACACCCCUGCCUCAAACACAGAAAGAGAGAAAUUUGAGCAAUAGCAGACUGUGUGGGCCUUUUUUACCCCUCUGUCCACUACACAAGAAAACUCUGUGAGACAGCCAGUCUUUGAGAGCGAUGGACCUUCUCCCGCCCACAGCCCAGCCAAGCAAACUAGAAGAGUCUGGGCUGUCUUAGAGUCGUCCUUUUCUUCCUUCUCUGUGCCAAUGUCCAAGUUACUGACUUCCUUCCUGUACAUUAGAAAAAUGAGUUGUUUACCAGUUAGACCUCUGUCUGGGCUGCCCUGAUCUCUCUGUCACAGGCUCUUCUCAUAGCCUCAUGGUUACCAUUCAAGAUGGCCCCUGGAUGCCUGCAGCACAUGCUACUAAUGAAUUACUUUAAUUAUUGCAAAUCAGUGGAAUUCUCAAGAGACAAGAAAGUCUCGUGUAUAUUUGUUAUCUCUUCCCUCCCUCCCCAGCCCCCGACCCGGGCCCUCGUUUUCUCUCCUGUGUGUCAGAUUACAGGGCUUCUCACGACAUUAGUCCCACACAAGGAGAGCCUACUGUACCAAAAUGAAACUUGUAAAUUUUUGUGUCCUUGUAUGUAAGUUUACUUUUUAUGGAGGAAAGACUCUAGAUAAUGACAAAUGAAGAUUACAAAGUGUAUUUUACUCCUGUGAUUAGGUUACACCACAUGGGUCAUAACUCACUCCCGAGCCCCCACUGCUGAAGGGAAGCGCUCUGCCUCAGUGGCCAACGUUGGUGGUUCAGGGUCAUUAGUCAGUUGAGUUCUAGAAUGCGUGCUCAGUAACAAAAAAAAAUCACUUUUUCUUCCCUUUGUUUUUAAUCCGUUUGUUGUUGUGGAAAAGUAUGAAUUUGUUAUUACGCAUUGAUUUUCUGUGUCCUUAAGUACUGCCUAAAGAUGAAGCAAAUUUUGAACUGGCAAUUACGAUAAGGAAAUCCUUUAGCUCUGGAGACUUUAGUAGACUCUGUUAGAUUAAGGAGGCCUCACAGGCUGGCCGGCUCCAAGGACGGUCACUCACUGUCAGUGUGGUGUGGGCUUUAUUUGCUUAAAUACCUUCAUUUGUAUAGUAUGUCUCACUUGAAAUUGCUUUGUAUACAUUUUGUAAAAAUAUUUAUAAAAUGUUUUGUAAAAAAAAAAAAAAGUAUAACAAAUUGCAGUUUAUUUUGUUAUGUUGGAUAAAUACUGUUAAACCAGUCAGUACCUAUAUUGUUAAUCCAUGGUUAGGGUAUGUUCAGUUGGAGAUUACAAAAUGAAACAACCAUUGCAAUACAGCCAAAGAUUUGGGAAAACCUGU